AUGACCUCCGUCGGAGUGGCUCCUGUCGUGAACGGGGAAAGCGACUUCAAACGCAUUCAGUUCUGGGCAGCCGGAGUCGACUGCUGCGGCCCACAGAAGCCUUUCCAGUGCGGGGACGCGCAGAAUCCGAGCGCGCACGGCGGACUGCUGCUGCCGGAUCGCGUGCAGGGCGGCCCAAAUCGAAAAUUCUUCGAGAAGGCCAUCAAGGGCGCCGUGGACAAGUACGAUCUUCAGGCCGGCAACGACUACCUGCUGCUCAAUUGGCUCCAGGAUCCAGUUCAGUACAGGGACAACCUUUGGAGGGGCAGUUGGAAGCUCUUCGCAGUGUUUGGCGGGGUGUAUCUGAUUAUCAGCGCCAUGGUCGGCUUCGUGAUUCUGCCGAUCCUUCGAGGAUGA